AUGUCUCCCUCGGCAAGCACAGGAGGCGAGAGAGAGUCUAAUCUCGCCAGAGUCCUGGGAUCUGGUUCUGCUGGUAUUGCUGAAUUGGCUGUUUUCCACCCUGUUGACACCAUUGCGAAGCGAUUGAUGAGCAACCAGACCAAAGUCGCUAGCGCAGCUCAAUUGAACCAAGUUAUCUUCAAGCAACAGGCCGCUGCCCCUCUUACGACCAAGUUUGUCUCGCUUUUCCCUGGCCUGGGAUAUGCCGCGGGUUACAAGGUUCUCCAGCGAAUUUACAAAUAUGGCGGCCAGCCCGUGGCCCGUGAUUUCCUCACCCAACACUAUGGCAAGGAUUUCGAGUCUGCCUUUGGCAAGAAGACCGGCAAGGCCAUUCUGCAUUCGACUGCUGGCAGUUUGAUUGGAAUUGGUGAAAUCGUCCUUCUGCCUCUGGAUGUCCUCAAGAUCAAGCGCCAGACAAACCCUGAAGCCUUCAAGGGUCGUGGUCUUUUCAAGAUCGUUGCUGACGAGGGCUUUGGCCUUUACCGUGGCUGGGGUUGGACUGCUGCUCGAAAUGCUCCAGGCUCCUUUGCGCUUUUCGGAGGCUCUGCCUUUGCCAAGGAAUAUAUGUUCCACCUCGAGGAUUACAACAAGGCUAGCUGGUUCCAGAACUUUGUUGCUUCGAUUGCCGGUGCAUCUGCUUCCCUCGUUGUGUCUGCCCCUCUUGAUGUUAUCAAGACUCGUAUCCAGAACCGCAACUUUGAGAACCCGGAGAGUGGUUUCCGUAUCCUGGCCAACAUGGCUAAGAAUGAGGGGUUCUCGAGUUUCUUCAAGGGACUGGUGCCCAAGUUGCUCAUGACUGGACCUAAGCUUGUGUUCUCUUUCUGGCUGGCUCAGACGCUCAUCCCUGCUUUUGACAACUCCUUCCGCCGGUAG